AUGAGUAUCUGGUUACCCGGGUGUCCUGGAGAGCGAGAGGGCGGAAGUGGCCCACUUUCCAGCCAACUUCCGAUUUGGACCCCGGAGAUUCACGUCAUUUCCGGGGCUGGAGGAGUUACGCGUCGAGAGUUGCCGCUUCGCUCGCGAGAGUUGAGCGUUGCUAGGCGCUCGCCGGAGGGCGGGGCCUGGCGGGGUGGGGCCGGCUGGCCGGCGGGCGGCGCUAGGGGUGGGCGGCGGCCUCGCGAAGGUUCCAGAGGCGCGGCGUGCGGAGGGCGGGCAGCGGUCUCGCGCAGGAUCGGUGUGCGUGCAGGCUGCGCCUGUCGCGUCUACGCUCGCGGCUUGCGCGUCGGCGCGGCGUUUCCUGUCUCCGGUGCACGGCUGCAGCGCGGGCCCGCGGCCGGACCCAGCCCCACCAUGGCUUCAGCUCUGGACGAGCUGCAGAAAGAUCUAGAAGAGGUAAAGGUAUUGCUGAAAAGACCACUAGGAAAAGAGUACGUGAUGCCCUCACAGCAGAAAAAAACAAGAUUGAGACAGAAGAUAAAGAACAAUAUGCACAGAAAUCACAAGAAGAAACCAGAACUUCUUGACAAUGAAAAGCCAGCUGCUGUGGUUGCUCCCAUUACAACAGAUAUACCGUGAAAAUCAGUAAUUAUGGUAUGAGUUCGGUUCCCUGUCUAGUCUUCUCAGAAG